AUGGGGAAUCCCGGAGAAAGGAUGACUCCGAUGCCUAGGUUGGUGGCGGUGGCAAUAGACAGGGAUAAAGGAAGCCAAAGUGCUUUGAAAUGGACUGUUGAUAAUCUUCUAGGCAAAGGCCACACCGUUGUUUUGGUCCAUGUUAGAGUUAAGCAAACAUCCUUGUCUACAUUGCCAUCUACGUCUAUCCCUAUCAUGUCUCCUAAUGAUCAUGCCAGUAGCCGCCUUGGGAACUUGUGCUGCCGAAGGUAUUCUCGUGGGAUCUUUUUCAGCAUGUCACAUUUUGUGUGCCAAGCUGCUGUUCCAUUGAUAGGGAGUUAUCUAGUUUCAGCAGCUAGUGCUGCUCUGUUCUGUGCGGACCUGAGCACGCCUUUUUGCCCCGGAGCCCAUAUUUUUGUCUACAGGUUGACUUUUUCCAAUGCCAGCUGUUUGAGACUCAAAAUCGGCUGGCCAAUCAUAGGGCCUAACUACACAAUGAUUUCUGAUAGUGGUCAAAAUGGAUCAACUAAUGCAGAUUCUGAUGCACAACUGAAGGAACUGUUCCUUCCUUUCCGUGUUUUUUGUACACGCAAGGACAUACAAUGCUGCGAUGUCGUGCUAGAUGACGCAGAUGUAGCUAGAGCAUUAUGUGAAUUUGUAAAACAGUCAGCAAUAGAUGUAUUGGUUCUUGGUGCAGCGGCAAAAGGCAGUAUCUUCAGAUUUAAAGCCAAAGACAUUCCUGGAACUGUAUUAAAAGGAGUUCCCGAUUAUUGUACUGUGUAUAUCAUCCACAAAGGAAAGAUUUCAACAACACGAGCUGCUUCCCGUCUAGCGCCAUCCAUCCUCACUCCACUUCGUAACCAGAUAAUGCUUCAGACCUGCAGCAAAUCUAUUGCAUCUGAGGCAUCAUUACCCUCCAGCAAUAAUUCCCGAAGUUCUAUUUCAGGGUCUUCAAGGCCAGGAUCUGAACCAUCUCCACAUUCCACGCAAAAUGAGGCAAACUUUAUCAAGUCACCGUUUACUCACAGGAAGGCCCCAAAUGGCAAACCAUAUGAACUCUCAGUGCCUGAUACAGACAUAUCCUUUGUCAGUUCUGGACGGCAAAGCAUUGAUAUGUUACCAUCAUUUGCUGACAGCUUAGAUAACAGUCUAACCCCUCCUCGGCUUUCAGGCUUCUCAGACAUAGAUAACCAAGGGUUAGACUCAUGGCAACUUGGGCGCAAAUCGGUAGGCACAGUAACCCCACCAGAAUUCUCAUCUGCCACACCUGAGAACGAUAAAUUUGGAGCACAGGCAAUGGAGGAAGCGGAAGCAGAGAUGAGAAGGUUAAAGCUGGAGCUCAAGCAAACAAUGGAUAUGUAUAGUACUGCCUGCAAGGAGGCUCUCUCAGCAAAAGAAAAGGCAAAAGAACUCCAGCGGUGGAAAAUAGAAGAGCAACGGAGGAUACAAGAGGCUAGGUUAGCUGAAGAAGCUGCAGUGGCACUUGCAGAAAAGGAAACAGCCAAGUCCAGGGCAGCCCUUGAGCAUGCUGAAGCAUCUCAAAGAAUAGCGGAGCUGGAGUCGCAAAAGAGAAUCAAUGCAGAAAUGAAAGUACUAAAAGAAUCAGAAGAGAAGGGUAAGGUACUAAUCUCUCUGGGACAAUCAGAUUUCAGGUACAGGAGAUACUCAAUUGAGGAGAUUGAAGCUGCAACAGAAUAUUUUUCAAAAUCUCGAAAGAUUGGUGAAGGAGGUUAUGGACCGGUAUACAAGUGCCAUCUGGACCAUACCCCCGUAGCAGUUAAAGUCCUUCGCCCUGACGCUACUCAUGGAAGAUCACAGUUUCAGCAGGAGGUUGAAAUAUUAAGUUGCAUACGGCACCCCCAUAUGGUCCUUCUUCUAGGAGCCUGCCCUGAGUAUGGUUGCUUAGUAUAUGAAUUCAUGUCCCAUGGAAGCUUAGAAGACCGCUUAUUCCAACGCGGAAACACCCCACCUCUGUCUUGGCAGCACAGGUUCCGAAUUGCAGCUGAAAUUGGCACUGGCCUGCUUUUCCUCCAUCAGACCAAGCCGGAGCCCCUUGUACAUCGGGAUCUGAAACCUGCCAAUAUCCUGCUUGAUCGUAACUAUGUAAGUAAGAUUAGUGAUGUUGGCUUGGCCAGGCUUGUCCCUCCAUCUGUGUCAGAUAGUGUCACUCAAUAUCGGAUGACAUCCACUGCUGGAACUUUCUGCUACAUAGAUCCAGAGUAUCAGCAAACGGGAAUGCUUGGUGUAAAAUCUGAUAUAUACUCCCUGGGAAUCAUAUUCUUGCAGCUUCUUACGGGGAAGCCACCAAUGGGUCUGACUCAUCACGUUGAAAGAGCUAUUGAGAAAGGAACCUUCCGUGAUAUGCUGGAUCCAGCUGUACCUGAUUGGCCCUUUGAAGAGGCCCUAAGAUUUGCUAAAUUAGCACUCAAGUGUUCUGAAUUAAGAAGGAAAGACAGACCAGAUCUUGUUAAUGUUGUCCUGCCAGAACUGAACAAACUGAGAGAGCUUGCAGAAGAUAAUGAGUCCAACUCAAUGCCAUUCAGUGCAGCUCCCUUGGCCAGCCAUAGUCAAGUUUCUGUGUCUAAAGACUUUAGUUAUCCACCUUCUGCACGAUCAAGCAUGGGGAGCUGA